AUGGCUGACUCAACAGUGGAAACUCUUCCAAAAGACAGCGGUUUUAAACCAAAAAGGCAUAUCAGACCCUUGCAAGAAAACACAUUUAGAAAGUUUGCUGAAGAAGACGAUCAUUUUGAGUCGUCAUCACUUCUUUAUUAUGUGCUGGUGACUGUUGCGCUCGUCAGUUUUGAGAUUUUGUGUUUUCAGACCAGCUUGUUUCCCUUUGAAAGACUAGGUGGUGCAGGAAAGAGACUAAAGUAUCUCACAGAUCAUCACUUGGACACCAUAAGAGCUGGGUUUCUUUUUGCAGUAGCGUUGCACAUAUUUGAAGCCAUAUAUGCAAAUUUUAAAUGCAGGUCUAUCAACAUGUCUCAGUCAGCAAAAAUGAAAUGGACCAUUCAAACAUUUAUCAUUGGUUAUGCGUCUCUCAGACUGCUAAAUUCCUACUGUGAGAAGAAAACAUCAAGAAAGAAGAUGUUCUAAAUUGACUGGGAAGGAUUUCUGAAACAAUAUUGCCAAUGCAUAGUUAUGUGUAAAGGCAUAGCCCUUGGGUAGCUAAAAUUUGUUAGAGCCUUUUACUUGGGUUUGGAUAUGUAAAAUAGCAGAAGUUUUUAUGAUUAGUAUCUGAAGCAUGUUUUAUAACUGCUAACAAGGAUAAGACGAUAUAAAUGCUAACAAGGUACAAAUGACCAAAGGCUGGUUAUUGUUAGCGAAUAUUUAGAAAAUUGUUAUUAACGAAAGGACGAAAAUGCUCGGAUUCUAUCGUGUUUUAUUUUUCUUAUUACACUGUAGUUGCAAUACAUAUAUGCCUACUCUUCCUAGCA